CCACAGUUGACAAGAACUCCUGAUCGCACAAAAGUGAUCCUACAGUACUUGUUGGCGCUUAAGACCUACAGCUCAUAUUAGCAUCGUAUUGCACCUGAAGUGGAUCUAGACAUGACGCAGGGUGUAUCCAGAAGACAAUAGGUUACCCGCGGUCACGUGAUCUACCUGGGGAAAGAAAGGAUACAACACAGCAAAUACGGUCGCUACAUAGUGGCAACUCACCGGAGGUUGAAGAUUCUACUUGCUGCUGGAGCAGACCGUGACGGUAGACUGACAGCAAGGUGACCAACACAGGAGUGUUUGAUAAGGGUCACGGAAGGUUUGUCUACAGAAGAAGAGCAAUAUGGCUACAAAAGGACCCGUUACAGGUGAAGAGAUGGAGGAGCUCAGGGAAGCUUUUAGCAAAAUUGAUGCUGAUGGAAACGGUUUCAUAAGUCCUUCUGAAUUGAAUGACCUGUUUAAAGCUGCUAACUUGCCUCUCCCUGGAUAUAAAGUGAGAGAAAUCACCCAAAAAUUGAUGGAAGCUGGAGACCAGAAUCAGGAUGGCAAGAUUAGUUUUGAUGAAUUUAUCUUGAUUUUUAAUGAACUUAAAAGUUCAGAUAUUUCAAAAACAUUUAGAAAAGCCAUAAACAAGAAAGAAGGCAUUUGUGCUAUUGGCGGUACCUCUGAACAAUCCAGUGCUGGCACCCAGCAUUCCUACUCAGAAGAGGAAAAAUAUGCAUUUGUUAACUGGGUUAACAAAGCCUUGGAGAAGGAUCCUGAUUGUAAGCAUGUUAUUCCCAUGAACCCGGAUACUGAUGACCUGUUCACUGCUGUGGGUGAUGGAAUUGUACUCUGCAAAAUGAUUAACCUCUCUGUACCUGAUACAAUUGAUGAAAGAGCCAUUAACAAGAAGAAGCUAACACCUUUCACCAUCCAGGAGAACCUGAACUUAGCACUAAACUCAGCCUCUGCAAUUGGAUGCCACGUUGUAAACAUCGGAGCUCAAGACUUGAAGGAGGGAAAGCCUUAUCUGGUCUUGGGACUCUUAUGGCAAGUUAUCAAGAUUGGCUUGUUUGCUGACAUUGAGCUGAGCAGGAAUGAAGCUUUGAUAGCCCUGUUACGAGAAGGAGAAAGUCUGGAGGAUCUGCUGAAACUUUCCCCAGAGGAACUGCUACUAAGAUGGGCGAACUACCACUUGGAAAAUGCUGGCUGCAACAAAAUUAACAACUUCAGCUCUGACAUCAAGGACUCUAGAGCAUACUACAAUUUGUUAAAUCAAAUAGCUCCAAAGGAGAAUGAUGAUGGGAUUCCUCCUGUGGAGAUUGAUAUAAGUGGCCUCAGGGAAAAAGAUGACCUUAAGAGAGCAGAGUGUAUGCUAGUGCAGGCGGACAGGCUGGGGUGCCGCCAGUUUGUGACAGCCACUGACGUUGUCCGUGGGAAUCCAAAGCUCAACUUGGCUUUCAUUGCAAACCUGUUCAACAAAUAUCCUGCUCUUCAGAAACCAGAAAAUCAAGAUAUUGAUUGGAGCUCUAUUGAAGGAGAAACAAGAGAGGAGAGAACAUUCAGGAACUGGAUUAACUCUCUUGGUGUUACUCCACGUGUAAAUCACCUGUAUAGUGACCUAUCAGAUGCCCUUGUGAUAUUCCAGCUAUAUGAAAAGAUUAAAGUACCAGUGGACUGGAACAGAGUUAACAAACCCCCCUAUCCUAAACUGGGGGAAAAUAUGAAAAAGCUUGAAAACUGCAACUAUGCAGUUGAUCUUGGUAAGAACAAGGCCAAGUUUUCUCUUGUUGGUAUCGCUGGGCAAGAUCUGCAUGAAGGAAAUCGAACUCUGACCUUAGCCUUGCUUUGGCAACUGAUGAGAAGGUACACAUUAAAUAUCCUUGAAGAGAUUGGAGGAGGGCAGAAGGUUAAUGAUGAUACCAUUGUCAACUGGGUUAAUCAGACUUUGAAAGAAGCUGGAAAAUCAUCCUCUAUACAUGGUUUUAAGGACGGUAAAAUCAGCACUAGCAUGCCUGUCCUGGACCUGAUUGAUGCAAUACAACCUAGCUCAAUCAACUAUGAUCUUUUGAAAACAGAAGACUUAAAUGACGAAGAAAAACUCAAUAAUGCGAAAUACGCCAUUUCAAUGUCAAGAAAAAUUGGCGCAAGAGUCUACGCACUUCCAGAAGAUCUAGUGGAAGUGAAACCUAAGAUGGUGAUGACUGUGUUUGCUUGUCUCAUGGGGCGAGGACUGAGAGUCUGAAGAACUAUAGCAAAAGUCAUUUAUGUUACUCUUUCUUUUCAGUGGCAGUGGCUGGAUUACAAUGAGCUUUUUUGAGCAAAUGUUUUUUUUUAAUAUCUGUUUCUGGUACUAAUCUACUCAGUACUGAAAUAAUAAAAAAAAAGCCCAUACCCCUUUGGCUGGCAGAAACAGAUGCACAACUGAUCUGCAGUCCUGUUUGGGAGUCAACGGGUUAUGGUAAACUAACAGAACUUACAGCAGCAGACCUAUUUGUAGUUUUGCAUUAUCAGAAAAUAAAUUACUUUUUGUUUUUAAUAAAAUUUUAAAAAAAGUA